AUGGGCUGUUCAAAUGCUCGUUUAUUGGUACAAACAUCAUUAUCCGAACAAAACGCAACCGCAAAUUUAAAUACGAAUAAUCCUCUCAAUCCAUUAUCGGCAACAGUAGCAUCAUCGAAUGAAACAUCACCAAUUGGUAUUGCUACUGAUACAAAUAAUGCAACAACACGAAUGCACUUAACAGGAGUUGAUCUUGUUGUUGAAAGAAAUGGAUCCUAUACACUUUUACUCACACCGAAAACUCAUAAAGAGUUAAUGCCCUACGUAUUGCGAAAAAAAAGAUUUCGGAUUCUCGUUGAUAAAUCCCGCUCAGAAGGAACGUCCACUGUUAAUGUACCAUUAGUAUCUUAUCAAUUAACAAAUAAAGAACCUACCAUGGAAAGUGAUAAAGACUUAAAAUUAAAUGAAAAAAAGUCUUACAAAAAACAAUCUAAAGAAAAAAUGGAAUCAACUAUUGAAUCUGUUCAACAAGUCGCUACAAAUGAACUUGAUAAAGUUAAAGCUCGAUUUAUUGGUGGUCGAAGUAUCGAUCGUGGUAAUCCAGAAGAUGAAAAUGAAAAUAUUCAAUCCGAUGACGAAGGUAUGAUUGAAGAAAUUGUGACAACAGUUGAAGAAGACAAGGAUCUUGAAUGUAAAGUUAAAAAGAAAAUUGAAACUAAAAAAACCGUGGCACAAGAUCCUGAAACACAUAAUACAAUAACAAAAGUUGUUAAAACUGAAGUCACUGAAAUAACUCGAACAAUAACAAUUAAUGAUCAACAUGAUCUUGAACGUGCUAAACGUGAAUUAGGCAUUGAUGAUGUUAGUAAAUUAUUAUCAUCUGCACAAGUCACUUAUAAUACACCAUCAACAUAUCAUACAUCGUCAUCAUCAUGGAUGGAUCAACCGCGUUCAAUACAAGUGCAAGAAAAAUAUUAUGAUCCUUCCAAUGAAAUAGUUACAUCAGGUGAUUUUCCAUCUGAUAGUCCAAUAAAACAACAAUCAUCAACAGUUGAUAUUCAUGACAAUGAAACUAAGCAAGAUCAAACAUUAGCUGAUGCAACAACCGUUGGACGUGGUCCCGUUGCUGAAACCUUAUCUUCUCCUUCCUUAUCAUCGUCAACACCACAACAACAAGAAAAAGCAACACUAUCAACCGGAACAACCGAAGAACAAAAACAAAAGAAAACAAAGAAAAAAAAAUCAAGUCUUAAUCUGUGUUCAUGUACUCGUAAUACAACAGCUGAUUAUGAUGAAGUGCAACGAAAACAAAAAGCAGCAACUAUAAUUGAACAGAAAUCGAAACAGAAAAAGAAAGCAUCAGCAACAACAACAAAUGCUGUUGUUACAUCAACAAGUCUUGAAGCUGAAUCUAUUGUUCAAUCAUCAGAUCAAGGUGUAAAAUUAAUAUCCGAUGAUAUUAAACAAUUAAUUAAUGAUAAAAAAUCCUUAUUAAUUGAUUAUAUACAUUUAAAAGUAUUUUUACCCUCGAAAUUAUUUACAUCCAAUGAACAAGAUUUACAAGGAAGAAAAAUUUCAUCACAUAUUCUUGAUUUAUUAAAUCAUGAUCGUUGUUCAUCAUGGACAAAUUUACUUGAACAAGUAAAAACUGAAUAUUCCAAUAAAUUAUCAACUAGUGGAUUCAUUCAACCGAUGGUUAAAACAUAUGAAGAUUUGUUUACUUCUAAACAAUCGAAUUUAUUAAAUACAUUUUCAACAAUGCAUAAUGAAAAAGAUAUUAAAAAUCUUUCUGAUAAUAUUGAUUAUAUAACAAUUGUACAAACAUAUAUGAAUGAAAGAGAUGACCAAUCCAAUAUUGAUGUUAUUGCUAAACCAUUAGUUGAAAAUAUCGAAGAUACACUUGAACGUUUACAAAAUCAUGGUCAAUCCGAUGAGAAAGUAAUUGACAACGAUCACGAAAAACAACAAGCAUUAGCGCAUACAAAGAAGAUGGAUAUAACGGAUAAUAUGAAGAAAACUGAAUCAUUUUACAACGAAGAACAAUUAAUUAAAAUGCUUGCUGAUAUAUCAUUACAUAAACCUAUCACAUUAGCUGAAGCAAUCGCUUAUGAAUAUAUUGAUCUUGAUGAUCCAAAAUUAGGCUUGUCGACUAAUACAAUUCAACGUAUGAAAAGUUUAUUUCGUCCUACCACUGGCGAUAAUGAAUCAUCAUUGAAUUUAAUACGCAUUAAACGCUCAGGCGAAUACUUAACAGAUAUUAAUCUUAGUGAAAUACAUUCAUUCGAAAAAUUCAAUUUAUCACAACCAUUUAUUUAUCAAUUACAACAAUCAUUCGAGCCCACGCUUGAUUUAAGUGAAAAACAAUUUCGUUCAUUAACUGAAACUAUUUUAAAUAACAAAGAUGAAUAUUCAAAUUUACAAUUUGAGAUUGGACGAUUAUUGGUACCAGUUGAUGACAUGAAAGAAUCAUCAGCAAAUGAUUUCAGCCAAUCGGACUCCGGUUAUUCAAUGACAACAGCAACCUAUGAAAGUUUAGCUAGUAAAGUUAAAAAUGAAUUUGAAACAAUAAGUGAACCCAUAGCUGAUCAAAUCAAUGAAUCGGAUAAAGCUAUAGAUCAAAGUAAAUUGUCAAAUGAUAUACAUUUGGAUGGCAAACAUUCGAAUGAUAUCAUAACAGAAACAGUACAACAAACAAUAGAAAAUUUAUCAUCAGAACCAAUUGCAACCAGGGAUAAAACAUUAGCAAAACCGAUUCAUGUAAAAAAACGUAAAUCAACUGGUCUAUUUUCUUGUUUUGGAAAUAAAAAAGCAAAAUCUUCCAUAGACCAACCUAUAAUUAUGUCAUCAACGACUGUUGAUAAAGAUCCACAAAUAAAAACUUCUAUUGAAGAAAAAUCAGUCGUUGAUUAUACGGUCUUACCAGAUGGUAAACGUAUAUAUAUCGAUGUUUUUCGUAACCGUCCUGGCCUUGAUAUGUCAUACAAACCAAAUGAUUUCGAUACUCAAUUCGUCCUACCUCUUACAAAAUCUUCGAGUGACUAUGAACGAUCGUCAACAUCUGAAAAGACACAACUUCACUUAAUUGCAAACGAAGAAAAACCGAUUGUUUCUAUAGAAACACAGUUAAAAGCAACCGAACCAAUGAAUAUUCAAUCUGCAACAAAUGAAGAUAAAUUAGCAACAGUUGAAUCUAUUGUUGUUCAAACAAUAGUUAAUGAAGAAACAUCAAGAGUGCAACCAACUGAUCUUAAACUUGAAAUUACUGAACAUAAAUCAAUAGCACAUUUAGAACCACGACCACCAACAAUCGAACCAGUUGAUGUUCAAUAUGAAGCAACAUCAAUUGCUACUCCAUUAACUAAAAUUGCAGAAGCGCCUGUAUCAAAACCAAUUCUUAAUUUACAUGGCGCAGGUAUCGAUUUACCGGAAGUCGAACUAGUUAAGCCUGGACCAUUACCAACCAUUGUAAUUGCAACAAAAGACAAAACUAAUAAAGUGAAGAAAACACCUAAAGUGAAAAAUUCUUCUGGUGUCGGCUUAUGUGCAUCGUGUUUUGGUGCAAAGGCAGCCGAGAAAAAGAAAAAGGAAUCGAAAUCGGAAACUGUUCAAGCACCAAUCGAACAAAAGAAAACAACUGAACAAGAAAAAAUCGAUGGUACAUCAAAGACUCAAAUUUCACUAGAAUCAACAGCAGUACCAGUAUUACCAUCAACAUCGGACCAACAAGAUACUUCAACACCAGCUGAAGUUGCUCAAGAGCAAGAACAAAUCAUUAUAAAUCUUCCAAAAUUAGACGAUCACUUAGAUAUAACAAUUGAAAAGUUAGUACUAACGGAAGAGCCUCAUUAUCAAGAACCAUCGAGUGAGCUUGUGCCGAUAACACCGACAGAAAAUGAAUAUUCACUACCUGACGCUAAUACUUAUGACACUCCUCGUUUAACUGAAACACCAACUGUUGAAGUUGUGCAAAUAAAUACCGAAGAAAAGAUAGCUAUCAAUGAAAUAUCAACUGAAAUUCCAUCAAUAGAAAUUAAAACGUCUGUUAACGAUAUUAUUCCAACAGAAGUUAAACUUGAAUCCACGAUUAAAACAGCUGAAGCAAUGCCUAAUGUUGAAAUAGAUGAAUCAACGAAAAAAGGUUCAUACACAUUACCAACUAAGAAAUCAAAAACGAAAAAAGCUAAAGAACCCAAAGUAAAACCAGAAAAAGAACGAAAAGUGAAACCAGAAAAAGAAUCAAAGGCGAAGCCCGAAAAAGAGCCAAAAGUCAAGGUUGAAAAAGAACCAAAAGUUAAAACAGAACGGAAAUCAGGCUUAUUUUCAACAUUAUUCCGUCAUAGUGAUCGUAAGUCCAAUGUACCAGCUCUUAAAUUACCAUCUUAUGAACAAAAUUUAACAACAAAUGAAGAUACACAACAAAAAAAUUCUCAUGAUAUUGAUCCACUACAUGUGCCAAGUAUUGAUUUGCCAAAGCUUGAUGUUCCAUUACCAACAUACGAUCGACCAGAAGUUGAUAUGACAAGUGGACAACUUAAACAAUCAUCAGAAUUUUCAAUUCCAGUUGUUGAUUUACCACCAAUACCAAAUUUAAAUCUUCCUGAUACUAGUAAACCAACAAUUGAUUUAACUGUUGAUCCUUUAAAGGUUCCAAAUAUUGAAUUACCUGAACUUCAAUUAACAUUAAAUGAAAAAGAAAAUAUUAAACUACCUGAUAUUCGUGUGCAAAAUGAACAAGAAAAGUCACCAGCAGCUUCAUUAACAAUUGAUAUUAAAGAAUCACUGGAAACUGUACCUUUACCAACGAUUACCGAUGGUCUAGCAUUAACAUCACCUAUUAAUAAUAUCGUAUCUCUUCAAAGUGAUGAACAAAACUUUACUAUUGAUACUAAUUAUGAUAUCAAAACAGAUUCAGCAAUCCCAGAAUUACCGAAAUUACCUUUCGAAGAAAGUGAAGUCGCAAUUAAACCAGAAUUAUUAUCUAAUGAACAAAAGUAUACUAUUACCGAUACAUAUUUCGUUCAACCACCUGAAUUACCUGUACUUACUACUAAACAAACAAUAGAAGAUAUUAAAGUAUCAACGAAAGUUCCUGACUUUUCGUUUGAAAUUCCUUCAACAGAACCCCUUCCAGUCUUAUCGAAAGAUAUAACUUCAUCAUUGCCAUCAUUUGAAAAUGACGUACAAGUCGAUACAUCCAAAAUCGUCCCAGCUGUUGAAAUUUUAACUCAACCAAUAAAAUCAACGGAAAAACAAGUCAUCGAAUCGAAAGCUGACAUCAAAAAGAAGUCCUCAACACUUGCACUUUGCUCAUGUUUUGGUACUAAAUCUAAUGCAGUAAAAGAAAAACAAAAAGACAAAACAAAAACUAUUGCUGCACCUCAAACUAGUUUACCAGAAGUUGAUAUACCAAAUCCGUCAUCGAAUAUAUCUUCAACAUUGAAAACUAAAGGUUCAUUACGUGCACCAACUAACAAUUUGCCAGCAGUCGAUUUAACUUUACCAUCAGUAGAACCAAUUCGUUUACCGACAAUUCAAACUACUGAAAAGAAACGUCAAGCACCAAAAAAACCAACUAUCAAUGAAGAAAUAGUUGUAGCUGAACCAGUUUUAACAGUUCCCGAACUAGUCCUACCCACAACAACAGUGAAUGAUGUUGACAUACAACAAACGAUUGAAGUUAAAACUGAAGAAGUUUUAACUCAAGCAGUUGUUCUAGAAAAACAAAUUCCUGUUCAAACAUCUAAUAUUUCAUCGUUAGCUAUUGCAAAAGCAAUCGAUGAACAAAUCAAUGCUGAAAUUUCAUCAAGUGCUGUCGAUACAUCAUUAAUAGAGAACAUUAAACUUGAAUCAAUAGCUAUAACAUCUCCUAUUGAAAAACAAUCAGUAGAAGUAAAGGACAAACACGUCGACUCGAAAAAAGUUUCAUCAUUCGAAAUAAAAGCACCAGCAAUACAUAUUCCCGAACUUGAUUUAUCCGGUCUACCAAAAGCUGAUGCUUAUAAAAUAUCAAUAAAACAAGAAGAACCAUCACAAUCUCGUUCAGACAGCGGUCUUGAAGCAAUUGUCGCUUCACAUAUUCAUCCAUCAUCAACGUUCGAUACAAAUCAAACCAUUGAAAAUGGUAAUCAACAUCUAUCAACUAGUUCAGGUUUAGGUAGUGAAAUAGCCGAUACUAUUACAACAAAAGAUUUAACAUUACCCGAUAUUCAACAAGAAAAUCUAGCGACCGAAUCGAAAUCUGAUAUUUCUCUAUUGAAACAUGAUUUCACUCGUAAAAUAACCAUGAAUGAUGAACUACGUGCUAAAUUAUUAUUUCGAGAAAGUGACCUGAAGAAAAGUUUAGAAACUGAAAUAUCAAAAUCCAUUGUUGAUUUUGAUACAAAAAAAGACCAAAAAGCAUUAAAUAAAAUUCUUAAACAUGCAAUCGAUUUAGUGAAAGACAAAAAAGUCACAACAUAUCCAGAAUUAAAACAAAAAUUAAUCGUUGAACAUAAAAAUGAUGCUUUUAUUGUUGAUCCCGUUGUACGUUCACUUUAUUUUACUAUUGAAAACCAAGGUUUAGACAAUAUUGAUAAACCAGAAUUUCCAUUAGCAAUUCGUGAUAUGGUUCGUCAUUCAGCUAAGCAAGCAUUUGAUACAGUAAAACCAUCGGACAAAGUAACACGUGAACGUACUCCAAUAUCUCCAGAACAACCAACAACACGUUCGUGGUUAUCAUGUGGUCGUUCAAAGUCGAAACCAAAAGUUCCAUCAACAAAAACCACGACAGAAACAGCAGCAGUAGCAACACAAGUUGGUUUACUGGAUGAACGUCGUCGUACGCAAUUAAAUACUCAUCGUAAUGAAUUAGGUAAUAUUCUUCGUGAUCAUAUUCAAUCAAGUCAACCACCCAUACGGCAAUUUCCUGAACAUCCAAAAGAAACGGAUAAGAUAAUUCGUAAGAGUUUAAUACUCGUAAAUCAACCGAAAAUCGUUUCUUAUGAACAAAUUCGAAAUGAUUUAAAAACUGAAUAUAAACAAACAUUUUAUCUUGUUGAUCCACUAGUUGAUAUCAUGCGGGAUACAUUUGAUCAUUGUGAUAUUACACAAAUGAAUGAAAAAAUCAAUCUCGAUAUAUUAGAUUCAAAUAUAACUCAAACAGCUAAUCUAUAUAAUCAAGUAAAUAGUCAAGCAAAUCUAUUAACAACUCAAGAGCACAAUCUAUUAAAAUCCAAUCAAUUACAAUGGUUAAAUCAAUAUUUAAUUGAUAAUGAAUCGAAAGAUAAAAAAACAACAAAGAAACAAGCAAAAGAAUUGCAUAAAAUUUUAAAUCGUUCCUCAGAUUUACUGUCAUUGAAUGUAAUAUACACAUGGGAUGAAUUAAGUUCACAAUUAAGACGUGAAUUUCCCAAAGCACAUGAUCUAUGUGAUCGUUCAAUUGAAUUAGUGAAAAAAGCGCAAAAUGACGGUUUAUUAUUAUUACAACAAUCGCCUAAUUCAAAUCAACAAGAUGUAACAUCAAUAAAUGUUAUAACUGUCAAUGGAAAACGACGUACAUCAUCAUUAUUAACUGAUCGUGCAAAACAAAAUAUACACACAAAUCGUAAAAAAAUCAUUUCAUCGAUAACAACAUUAUUACAUGAUUAUAACAAACCAUUGUAUACCGAAAAUCAAAUUGAAACCUAUGUUAAUAAAACAUUUCAUCAUUUAGAAGAGAAAAAAAUUGGAGAAUUUAAAACUUAUAACGAUUUAAAAGAAAGAUUAAGAAAAGAUUUUAAUCAUAAUCAUGAAAAAUUAAUCGAACAAAUUGUCGAUGUUAUUGAACAAGCUCAUGCAACAAAUCAAUUCGAUGACAUUGACAAACCAGAAGUACAAACAUUACUGAAAGAUCGUUUAGAUGGAAAACCAUUAGUUAUUAAAGAAAUGUAUGUUUCAUUACCACCACGCGCUGGUGCUUAUGGAGCAUCCAAAUAUGGAAAUGAUGAUUCUUCACGAUAUUUAUCAACAUCAAUAAAUGGUGAUCAAACUAUGAAUAGUAGCACCUCGUCACAUCGUGUUGCUCGUGGUCUUAGUUGGCGUGAAGCAAAUGAACGUGCUCGAAUUUUAUUUUAUCGUGGUAAGCAUCCAGCUAUACAUUAUGAUGAGCAAGCGGCUGGUUUCGAUGUACGUAUGCUACUUGAAACAACGGCAGGUGGAACACAAGAAAUACCUGUUACAGACAGUGAUGUUCAUGAAUUAUUGAAUUCAUGUGGUGUUCAAUGGGAUGGUGUUAAUAUAAUUUCAUUAGUUGAUCAUAGUGACGAUGUUGUACGUGCUGCUGAACAAGCUGCAUUAAAAGUAAUACGUGAAAAAGGUCUUGUCGAUUUACGAACACCACCAUCAACAAGAAAUACGGAUGAAAAUGAUGAACCUUUAUCAUCAUAA